UUGAAAUAUGAAGGAAAACACUCCAGAUGUGAGGUAACUCUAAAUCUUUUCAUCUACACUAGUCUCCUUAGCAUCUUCUGUUAGUCACUGCCACAGGACUCUGGGUAGGUGCACUUUUGGCCUGACUCAAUGUUUUUUCUAAAGUGGUUUAAGAAGUGAAGCACCUGUAUGGUGGGAUAUCAGCAAUGCAGGAAAACAGGUUGAAGACUUUUGGAUUUGUAUAACUUGUCUAUAGAAGGGUUUAACUUGAAAUGAAAAGCUUUCAAGCAAAAAGCUGAAAGCGACUCUUCCAAUGCAAUUAAAAUUGUUCCAAUGCAAUUAAGCUGUUCCCAACUGAUUAUUGUGGGUGUCCCCGUGUCCCCCAUCCCACCUCACAGCUGGAGGCAAUGCCCUGCACACAAAUUACCACCAUUUGCAUGUGGUCAGGUGCACAGAGCAGCGUGGCAGCUGGCUGCAAUGUGAGAGCUCUGCUGAGCUCGCUGUACAGCUGCAGGAUGCUGUGCAGAGGGGCAGUCCUGCUGGCCAGCCCUGCAAUUAAUUAUGAUUAGCGCCUCAUCCUGUCCUAUUGUUUUCAACAGCAAGGAGUAAACCACACUCAGCCUCCUGCUUUUUUUCCAGUGAGGCUCUUUGCCAACUGAUGAUAUCAUGGUCAUGGCCAGCCUCUCUCUUCAGGAUUGUUUUCUAAAACUUGUAUCCUGUUUUGUAGAUAUGUCUGUGUGCUAAAUGGGGAAGGGCUGACCCUCAGGUAAUACCUGUGACAGGUAUCAUAUCAAACCGUACCGAGAGCAAGUCGAGGAAGGGCAUUAAAAGCACAGAGCUUUCUCUAAGCACAGGAAAUGUGCAGCAGCACUGAGAGCACACGGAACAGAAACCACAGAAGUAACAAAAAUAAAAGACAACCGAGAUCACGAAGGUCAAAAAGUUAAUGGUGGAAAGACAGCAGAAAGCUCAUGUGGAAAUGGGAGAAUUCUGAAUCCGUGCUGGGUGAGGAAAGGCACUGCCAGCCUCUCCCUGCGCUCCCAGCCCAGCAGGCGGGUGCAGCCACGGCAAUGGGUGCUGUGAAAACACUGCAGUGAGGGCAGAAAGAGAAAGCUGUUUGUGCUCCGCAAGGUUGGACGGGGACGAGUCGCAGAAGGACGCGGCUGUGAUCCCUUGCACAACCUGUUGUCAGGGUCAGACUGAUAACAGCAGAUAAAAGUUGGGAACCUUCAGAGGAGCGAAGUGAGAGCGUGGGGAACGGCCGGGCUGCGCUGCUCCACGGCUCAGUGAUGGCAAAGGGCUCGUUUUGAGCGUUUUGUCCAUCCAGGCUCCCAACAGCAGCUGUGAAGUCGUGUGUGUGGGAUCUUAAUGAUUCUCCGUAACAGCUGUUACCUGCCAAAUAAAAACUCUGAGGUCACCCAAUCCAUGAGUGGGCAUCGGAACCUGAAGAGGCGAUGUGGGGAGUCGCACCUGGAAUCCCCUGCAGGCUGUGCCCAUGGUCCUGCUGCUGCCUGUGUGCUAAGCAAGCUAGUUCAGUUGCCUACACCUCCCUUGUCAAAGCACCAGCUGAAACGGUUAGAAGAACACAAAUAUCAGAGUGCUGGACGGUCGCUGCUUGAACCUCUAAUGCAAGGUUACUGGGAAUGGUUAGUUGGAAGAGUUCCAGCCUGGAUUGCCCCAAAUCUGAUCACCAUCAUUGGACUGUUAAUAAAUAUAUUUACAACCCUGCUAUUAGUAUACUACUGCCCAACAGCUACAGAGCAGGCACCUCCCUGGGCAUACAUUGCUUGUGCUUGUGGCCUUUUCAUCUACCAGUCUCUGGAUGCUAUAGAUGGGAAGCAAGCAAGGAGGACAAACAGCAGCACUCCUCUGGGAGAACUUUUUGAUCAUGGCUGUGAUUCACUUUCCACAGUCUUUGUGGUUUUGGGAACUUGUAUUGCUGUGCAGCUGGGGACGAACCCUGACUGGAUGUUCUUUUGUUGUUUUGCUGGAACAUUCAUGUUUUACUGCGCGCACUGGCAGACGUACGUCUCUGGGACGCUGCGCUUUGGCAUAAUUGAUGUGACUGAAGUGCAAAUCUUCAUAAUAAUCAUGCAUUUACUGGCAGUGAUUGGAGGACCACCUUUUUGGCAAUCUCUGAUCCCAAUACUGAAUAUUCAGGUGAAAAUAUUCCCAGCUCUCUGUACUGUCGCAGGAACCAUAUUUUCCUGUACAAACUACUUUGGUGUAAUCUUCACAGGUGGAGUUGGCAAAAAUGGAUCCACUAUAGCAGGAACCAGUGUCCUUUCACCUUUUCUUCAUAUUGGGUCAGUAAUCACACUUGCUGCAAUGAUCUACAAGAAAUCUGCUGUGCAGCUGUUUGAAAAGCACCCCUGCUUGUAUAUACUUACUUUCGGUUUUGUAUCUGCUAAGAUAACAAACAAACUCGUGGUUGCACACAUGACCAAAAGUGAAAUGCACCUGCACGAUACAGCUUUCAUAGGCCCGGCUCUAUUGUUUCUGGACCAGUAUUUUAACAGCUUUAUUGAUGAGUAUAUUGUACUCUGGAUUGCCCUGAUCUUUUCUCUCUUUGAUUUGCUUCGAUACUGUGUGAGUGUAUGCAACCAGAUUGCUGCCCAUCUGCACAUCCACGUGUUCCGAAUCAAGUCCUCUUCCACUCAUUCUAAUCACCAUUAAUAAACGGGGAGCCACCAUAGAGGAAAACAGGAAAAGAGUUGGUUUUCUACAUGAACGGAUGGCAAGAUGUGUCGGAGACUAAGGCAAAAAGCAGAAAAGAACAAAAUAACUUAUCAUCAUCAAUGUUGUAUAACUCUUAUUCUUUGUUAUCAGUAACACUCCUUAACUAGUCUCCUGCCUGAGAGAGUGAAUUCCAAGUACAUCCUUAGUCAGCUCUACAUGUAGUCAACUCUGUUGGUUCCGAGCCCAGGAAAGCAUGCAGGGAGCAAUGCUCUCUUUGUAAUUACUUUGAUUACAGAAUAAUCUAUGUAUGGUGAAUGGAUCCCCAACAACUGAAGUUUCUAAUGUAGUAUAAUUACAGCUGCAAUACGACUUGCUUUUAAUUUUAAUAUUUCAUCAUCUCUUAGUGAAAUACUUGUUUAGUGUCCACUUGAAAUUCAUUUAUUAAAGACCUGAGCUGGUAACAGCAGAUAUCUCACUAACUUGUGUGGCUGAAGCAGCUGUGGAGGUUUGAGUCCAGGCUGAUGUGGUUCAUUUGCUGAAGCACUGCUGAUGGAAGUGGUUUCUUGGCUGGAGUAUACAGAGCAGGGUUCUGCAGGAGGAAGGGAUGACCAGCAUGCAAAAUAGUGUGGUAUCUUUGUCAAUUAAUUUUAUUUUUUUAAAUAAACAUGAUCUAAAAGACAA